CCUAUCCGCUUCCCGGAGCGCGCAAGCCAAGCAGCCUUCCGCCGCCGGCAGCCCAGAAACCAUACCGAGGGAGCCUAGGGCAGCGGCGGCAACCUAAACGGGGCCUGCUCUUUUAUCUACUGAGCUCUCCCCUUGCGCAUGGAGCUCGUGUGCAGCUUGCCUUCGUCUGUUUCUCAUCCUGUACCGCCAUUUAAUAGCUUCUUUUCGUUCUUUGCCCCUCUUCUCUCUUUCCAGACUUCACCGCGGACGUCGAUAAGGAGGCGCGUGCUCAAAGAGGAGGUGUGCGAAGAUGAGUUUGGUGUGGAACUCCACGUCCAACGGUGACCGUGUGGCGGCACAAAAUGGCGUCUCUCCGCGAGACGCGGUGCCACGCCGUCCAUCCCAGGUUGGCGGGAGUGAGCAUAUAGGCUCCGAUUCUUCGGAUGCGUCAACCAUUGCUGCCAACCUGGAUGGCAGUCGCUCGCGAAGGAACACAAACAACGAAAGCUCGGACCCUAAAGCAUCCACACUUACGACGAACCAGAACUCCGAGGCCGCCAGCGUGGAAGAUGACGACAGCGUUGCGAGGAGAGAAGAGGCGGUCCACCGGUUAGCGAGACGGUAUACGCAGCAGAGCGUGUAUUCGACUACGCAUCAGAAUCCGUUCAAUGCACCUCCCGGAGCGACUCUGGACCCCAAUGGCGACAACUUCAACGCCCGCGCCUGGGCCAAGGCCAUGUUACACCUGCACCUCGAGGACCGGAACGCCCCUCCGCUGCGCACAGCCGGUGUUUCGUUCCGGAACCUGAACGUGCAUGGGUUUGGCAAAGACACAGAUUACCAGAAAAGCGUGGGCAAUAUCUGGCUAGAGGGUCCCGGUCUAGCGAGACAGCUGAUGGGUAACAAGGGGCGCAAGAUUGACAUUCUGCAGAAUCUAGAAGGAUUGGUGGAAGCUGGGGAGAUGCUGGUGGUUCUUGGGCCUCCAGGAUCUGGAUGCUCAACCUUUCUAAAGACGCUUGCCGGGGAGACCCAUGGCUUCUUUGUGGAAGACGGCUCCACUAUGAACUACCAAGGCAUUAGUGCGCACCAGAUGGCCAAGCACUUCCGAGGAGAGGCCAUCUACACAGCUGAGGUCGACGUCCAUUUCCCUAUGCUCACAGUCGGCGAGACGCUAUAUUUUGCAGCUCGAGCGCGUGCACCCCGUCAUAUUCCCGGAGGAGCCACCAAGUACCAAUUUGCUGAGCACAUGCGAGACGUCAUCAUGGCCAUCUUCGGCAUCAGUCAUACAGUCAAUACGAAAGUCGGGAACGACUACAUUCGCGGUGUCUCUGGUGGUGAGCGGAAGCGUGUCAGUAUUGCGGAAGCGGCUCUGAGCAGAGCUCCGCUGCAAUGCUGGGACAAUAGCACACGUGGCCUUGACAGCGCCAACGCCAUCGAGUUCUGCAAGACGUUGCGAAUGGAGACUGAGAUCAACGGUGCGACUGCUUGUGUCGCCAUCUACCAGGCUCCCCAGGCCGCCUACGAUGUCUUCGAUAAGGUUCUUGUCCUGUAUGAAGGCCGCCAGAUCUACUUUGGUCCCACAACGUCCGCCAAGCAGUACUUUAUCAACAUGGGCUUCGACUGCCCAGACCGACAGACUGACGCCGACUUCCUCACCUCGAUGACGAGCGCACUGGAGCGCGUUGUUCGUCCGGGAUGGGAAGACCGCGUGCCCCGAACGCCGGAUGAGUUUGCCCAGCGAUGGAAGGACUCGCAGGAGCGGGCAGAGCUGUUGCAACAGAUUGAGGCCUACGAACAAAAGUACCCCAUUGGUGGCGAGCACCUUCAGAAGUUCAAGGAAUCUCGAAAGGCGCAGCAAGCGAAAGGCCAACGCGUCAAGUCUCCCUACACCCUCUCCUACGCUCAGCAAGUCAACCUCUGCUUAUGGCGCGGCUUCCGGAGACUCAUGGCAGAUCCCAGCAUCACCCUAACGCAGCUCAUCGCAAACUCAAUCAUGGCCCUCAUCAUUUCUUCCGUCUUCUACAACCUCCCGGCGGAUACUAACAGCUUCUACUCUCGUGGGGCACUUCUCUUCUUCGCCAUCCUAAUGAACGCCUUCGGUUCCGCUCUCGAAAUUCUUACCCUGUACGCUCAACGACCCAUAGUCGAAAAGCAUUCUCGUUACGCCCUAUACCAUCCCUCGGCAGAAGCUUUCGCGUCUAUGCUUACGGAUAUGCCCUACAAGAUCCUCAACGCCAUCACGUUCAACCUGGUUUUGUAUUUUAUGACCAACCUGCGUCGUGAACCUGGGCGCUUCUUCUUCUUCGUCCUGAUAUCGUUCACUCUCACCCUAGUCAUGUCCAUGUUCUUCCGAUCCAUCGCGUCCUGCUCGAGGUCCCUGGUCCAAGCGUUAGCACCCGCUGCCAUCCUCAUCCUGGGUCUCGUAAUGUACACCGGUUUCACCAUCCCACCUAGCUACAUGCUUGGGUGGUCUACAUGGAUUCGUUGGAUAAAUCCCGUCAAUUACGCAUUCGAGUCGCUGAUGCUCAACGAAUUCCACAACCGGCAAUUCCCAUGCGUCAACUACGUCCCGAUGGGGCCCGGCUACGAGAACGUUGCAGGGAACCAGCAUGUCUGCUCCACCAUCGGAUCGAAACCUGGCAUCGACUCCGUCAACGGCGACGACUAUAUCAACUCGGCUUUUAAUUACUACAAUUCGCACAAGUGGAGAAACUUUGGUAUCCUCUUUGUGUUCUUGUUCGGCUUGAUGGGCAUCUAUCUUGCGGCUACCGAGUUCAUCACUGCGAAGAAGUCGAAGGGUGAGGUCUUGGUUUUCCGUCGCGGACACAAGGCGAUCAAGAGCAGCAGGUCUACGGAUGAUCUCGAGUCUGCGCCCGCCGGUCGCAAAGUUGCUGUCGACAAGAACGCCUCGGACGAUAUCGCGAUUAUCGAACGCCAGACCGCCAUCUUCCAGUGGAAGGAUGUAUGCUAUGACAUCAAGAUCAAAGGCCAGCCUCGUCGCAUUUUGGACCACGUCGACGGAUGGGUCAAACCUGGCACCCUGACGGCCCUCAUGGGUGUCUCAGGUGCUGGAAAGACAACACUUUUGGACUGCUUGGCCACUCGAACCACUAUGGGUGUCAUCACCGGCGAGAUGCUUGUGGACGGAAAGCCCCGCGAUGAUUCUUUCCAGCGCAAGACUGGCUAUGCGCAGCAACAGGAUCUACACUUGUCUACUUCUACGGUCCGCGAGGCUCUUGUGUUCUCCGCCCUUCUCCGUCAACCUGCGCACGUCUCUCGACAGGAGAAGCUGGACUACGUUGAGGAAGUCAUCAAGCUGCUGGAUAUGAGCGAGUACGCCGACGCUGUGGUCGGUGUCCCCGGCGAGGGUCUCAACGUCGAGCAACGCAAGCGCCUAACUAUUGGCGUGGAGUUGGCAGCCAGGCCUCAGCUCCUUCUCUUCCUCGACGAGCCGACUUCUGGUUUGGAUUCUCAGACCUCUUGGGCUAUCCUUGACCUUCUCGACAAGCUGAAGAAGAAUGGCCAGGCUAUUCUUUGCACUAUCCAUCAACCCUCCGCCAUGCUUUUCGCCCGUUUCGACCGCCUUCUCUUCCUCAAGUCCGGUGGCCAGACUGUGUAUUUCGGCGAGGUGGGCCCGAACUCCAAGAUUCUCAUCGACUACUUCGUCCGCAAUGGUGGACACCCGUGCCCUCCUGCCGCCAACCCCGCUGAAUGGAUGCUCGAGGUUAUCGGCGCCGCUCCCGGAUCUCAUACCGACAUCGACUGGUUUGAAACCUGGCGCAACUCGCCUGAGUACGCCAACGUACAGAGGCAUCUAGCCGAGCUUAAAUACGAGCGCUCUCAACAAGUCAACCUUCAACGCACCGUAUCCGCCCAAAAGCGAGAGGACAAGGCCGCCUACCGCGAGUUCGCCGCACCCUUCGGGGAGCAGCUUCGCGAAGUCACCGUCCGCGUUUACCAGCAAUACUGGCGCACGCCCUCGUACAUUUACUCCAAGGCCGUCCUCUGCAUCCUCUCUGCCCUCUUCAUCGGCUUCUCCCUCUACGACACGCCCAACACGAUGCAGGGUCUCCAGAACCAAAUGUUCGGCAUCUUCAUGCUCAUGACUAUCUUCGGCCAGCUCGUCCAGCAGAUCAUGCCACACUUUGUCACGCAGCGCGCUCUGUACGAAGUCCGCGAGCGCCCCAGCAAAGCGUACUCGUGGAAAGCUUUCAUGAUCGCUAACAUCGUCGUCGAACUCCCCUGGAACACGCUCAUGGCAGCCCUCAUCUACUUCUGCUGGUACUACCCCAUCGGCCUGUACCGCAAUGCCGAGCCGACCGAUGCCGUGCACCUCCGCGGCGCGCAGAUGUUCCUCUUCCUAUGGAUGUUCCUGCUCUUCACGUCGACAUUUGCGCACAUGGUCAUCGCCGGUAUCGAGAUGGCGGAGACGGGCGGCAACAUCGCUAACUUGUGCUUCUCCCUCUGCCUCGUGUUCUGCGGUGUGCUCGCGACUCCUGAGUCGCUCCCGGGCUUCUGGAUCUUCAUGUACCGCGUCAGCCCUUUCACAUACAUGGUCUCCGGCAUGCUGUCCGUCGGCGUCGCAAACACGAAUGUGCGCUGCGCCCCGAACGAGUACCUCCACUUCGAUCCCCCACCAAACCAGACUUGCGGCGAGUACCUCGCGUCCUACCGGCAGCACUUCGGUGGCUAUCCCGAGAAUCCAGACGCCACAUCGCAGUGCAGCUACUGCUCCAUGGGCGACACAAAUGUCUUCCUUGCCUCGGUGCACGCCGACUACUCCGACGUGUGGCGCAACUUUGGUAUUCUGUGGGUGUAUGUUAUUUUUAAUAUCUUUGGGGCGCUGUUCUUCUACUGGCUUGCGAGGGUGCCCAAGGUCAAGAAGGAGAAGGAGGAUAAGACGAGUGUAGGUGGCACAGCGGGAGAGCUCGAGGAAAGGGUGCUAGAGGAGCCGGAGAGGGUGGGGAGCGAGGUUGGGGAGGUGGGACAGAAGGAGGUGAGGGGAGAGAAGGGGGCGCCGGAGGUGAUGAGGGGUCACGGGGAGAGGCCUGAGUCGAGAGACAUCGAGAAGGCGGAGAAGGCGUAAGCGCCUUUAUCACCACCAUUCCUUCCCUAUCUCGCACCCCCUCCUCGUCGCGGGGCUUUCCCUCGUCCGCCGAGGAAUUUUCUUUUCGUUGUUUCGAUAUGGUACGAUAUCUGCCUCGGGGCCCAACGGGCAUGCAUCUCGAUUUCCUUUUUUUUCUCCACGGGUGGCUGUUUCUCCUAUCUUCCGUCGAUCAAAAGACAUAGAACCCUCAUACUAGCGUGUCCGCUUCCCUGUUUCCCUCUGCAUAGUUAGUAGUAAUUAGAACCACUGGGGUCGGUAUUGUACAUAAUAGAACGGGACGUUCAACCCACUUGAAUCACCC